UAUCCCACGCAUCCUAUCGCCAACGUCAAAGUACUCUAUCCCAGUCCAAAACUCAUAGCUCACGAUGGAAAACGAUCAGGGUGUUCUUGUUGAUCUCUACGUUCCCCGCAAAUGCGCGGCUACCAACCGUCUCAUUACUUCCAAGGAUCACGCUUCGGUCCAAGUCAAUGUCGCUGAUGUUGACGCCGAUGGCAAGGCUUUGAGCACUUACACUUCGUUUGCCCUGUGCGGCCAGGUUAGAUCGCAGGGUGAGAGUGAUGACUCUGUUAACCGGUUAGCAACCAAGGCUGGAUUGCUUCGGAAUGUGUGGUCGUAUCAAAAGUAAACAGCCUCUUGUAGACCAUUAUACUGCAUUUAUUUGCUUUUACAUCGUUUGGGCUGGCUGUUCAGUUAUCCAUUUACUUGCAUAUGGCAAGCUAGGAGACGUAGGAUGUGAAUGUUGUGGCUGCUGAUAAAGUGAUACCUGGUAGUCGAAAACUUGUCAAAAAUGUGCACUAUCUUGCCGAAUGUUGACAUCCGCUAAAUCCAUCGUACGCGAAUGCAAGUGCUACAUCUGUGC